GAGAGAACUGGGUGCUGCUGGGAGCUCCUGCCUCCCACCCAAUCCCAACUGCAGACCUUUCAGGGACUCUGGGCCGUGAGGAGCUGUGAGGCAGUGUCCAAAGAGGGUCAGCAUGGCCUGCAAGCAGUGCUCAAACAAGUGGGCCAUUGCCAGUAUCGCCAGCGUGAUCCUGGUGUUUGUCAUCGGAUUGGUCCUGUGCUUCACGCUGCAGGAGGUCGCCCAGCCAGGCUGUAAGCAGGAUGAGGCUUGUCGCCCUGAUGCAGACAUGCUGGACUACUUGCUGAGCCUGGGCCAGAUCAGCCAACGGGACGGCCUGCUGGUCACCUGGUACCAUGGUGCUAACAGCCAGGAGGAGAUGAGGGCUGCCCUGAACAGCAGCGUCAUGGUCCUGGAGGCGGACAUCACCGUAGAAGGGCUCAACACAGCCAACGAGACAGGGGUCCCCAUCAUGGCGCACCCCCCGGCCAUCUACAGCGACAACACCCUGCAGCAGUGGCUGGAGGCUGUACUGGCCUCUUCCCAGAAGGGUAUCAAGCUAGACUUCAAGAGUCUCAAGGCCGUGGGCCCCUCCCUGGACCUCCUGCGGCAGCUGACACUGGAUGGGAAAGUCCGGAGGCCUGUGUGGAUCAAUGCCGACAUCCUGAGGGGCCCGAAUGUGCCUAUCUCCAUUGAAAUCAACGCGACACAGUUCCUGGCCGUGGUCCAGGAAAAGUACCCUGAGGCCACCCUGUCUCCAGGCUGGACCACCCUCUACGUGCCCCUGUUCCCGAACAGCACAUACACCCGAGCCAUGGUGGAGAAGAUGCAGGGGCUGGUAGGAGCGCUGCCACAGAGGGUCACCUUCCCCGUGCGGGCUGUCAUGGUGCGGGCUGCCUGGCCCCACUUCAGCUGGCUGCUGGGCCAGUCUGACAGGUACAGCCUGACGCUGUGGCAGGGCACCGCGGACCCAGUGUCAGUGGAUGAUCUCCUCUACUUCCGAGACAACUGUGCCACCCACCAAAUCUACUAUGAUCUCUUCGAGCCUGUCCUGUCGAAGUUCAAGCAGCUUGCCAUGAACGCCACACGGAAGCGAAACUACUACACAGGGGGCAGCCUGAUCCCUCUUCUCCAGCUUCCCGGGAGCGACAGCCUGAGGGUGGAGUGGCAGGUUCCCGACAUCCAGAGCAAUGGAACAGCAGUGACAGUUCAGCUCCCAGACAAAGAAGGCAUGAUCCUGCUGAACGUUGGUCUCCAGAAGCCCACAGCUGGGGACGCUGUGCCUGUCGUACGUGCCCCGGGUAGCCCUACCCUGACGCUGGAGUCGUGCCUGCUGCAGCUCGCCGCACAUCCUGGACGCUGGGGAGUCCAUCUGCACAUAGCAGAGCCCACGGCCCUUCGGCCGUCCCUGGCGGUGCUGGCCCACCUCUCCGACCUUGGUCACCUUUCUCGGCCUGUGUGGGUGGGGACCACAGUCUCCUAUGGCAGUUUUGCAGUGCCUGGCCACGUGGCCGGCGAAGAGUUGCUUACAGCUGUGUCUGAGGUUUUCCCCCACGUGACAGUGGCACCGGGCUGGCCCAAGGAGGUACUAGGCAGUGGCUACAAGGAACAGCUGGUCACAGAUAUGCUGGAGCUGUGCCAGGGUCUCUGGCAACCUGUGUCCUUCCAGCUGCAGGCGGGGCCACUGGGCCAGAGCAUGGCUGGAGUCGUGGCCAGGUUACUGGCAGCCUCCCCCCGGGCCACUGUCACAGUGGAACACAGCCCUGCGGAGGACAGCUAUGCAUCUGUGCGGACAGCGCUGCUGGCAGCCAGGGCCGUGGACAGCACCAGGGUGUACUACAGGCUGCCCCAGAGUCAUCGCAGAGAUUUGCUGGCAGAUGCUGGCAGAAACUGACCACCCAGGGGUGCUUCCCAUGGGGGAGGCAGGAAGAAAUAAAUGCCUCUGCCUUCCUC